CUCUUUUCCUCUCUUCUUCUUCUGACCCAAUCCUCUCUAGCUCUUUGUUUCAGUACCCCAAACAACGUAAAAAUGGCGUCCGGCUCGGGUUCUCUGAUGUGGUUCCGCAAAGGCCUCAGGAUCCACGACAACCCGGCUCUCGACUAUGCCUCCAAGGGCUCCGCCCUCCUCUACCCCUUGUUCGUCAUCGACCCGCAUUACAUGAAACCCGACCCAACCGAAUUUUCUCCCGGGUCCUCUCGUGCCGGCCUGAACCGGAUUCGCUUCCUGCUGGAGAGCCUGGUCGAUUUGGAUUCGAAUCUCAAGGAGCUCGGUUCACGCCUCCUGGUGCUUAAGGGCGAACCUGGCGAAAUCCUCAUUCGUUGCCUUAAGCAGUGGGAUGUGAAAAGGCUUUGCUUUGAAUACGACUCUGAACCGUAUUACCAAGCUAUGGACGUUAAAGUAAAGGAAUAUGCAGCUGCGAAUGGGAUUGAGGUUUUCUCUCCUGUGAGUCACACACUCUUUGAUCCUGCAGAUAUCAUACAGAAGAAUGGAGGAAAGCCACCGCUGAGCUAUCAGUCGUUUUUGAAACUUGCUGGGAAACCUGCAUGGGCGUCUUCUCAGCUCAUAACCACGCUUUCCUCGCUUCCUCCUGUAGGAGAGUUUGGAAAUUGUGAGAUUUUUGAGGUUCCAACAGUUGAAGAACUUGGCUAUGAAGACCCUGGACAGGACGAAUUUACUCCUUUCAGAGGAGGUGAAUCUGAAGCGUUAAAGAGGUUGAAAGACUCGAUAAGCGAUAAGGAGUGGGUUGCAAAUUUUGAGAAACCUAAGGGUGACCCAUCUGCAUUUCUAAAGCCAGCUACAACUGUUUUGUCCCCUUAUUUGAAGUUUGGAUGUCUGUCUUCGAGGUACUUCUAUCAAUGCCUUCAGGAUGUGUACAAAAAUGUCAAAAAGCACACGUCUCCACCGGUUUCCCUUGUUGGACAGUUGUUGUGGAGGGACUUCUUCUAUACUGUGGCUUUUGGUACUCCUAAUUUCGAUCAGAUGAAAAUUAAUAGAAUAUGCAAGCAGAUACCUUGGAACGAUAAUGAAGAACUAUUGACUGCUUGGAGGGAUGCCAAGACGGGGUACCCUUGGAUUGAUGCUAUCAUGGUUCAGCUUCGCAAGUGGGGUUGGAUGCAUCAUCUAGCUCGGCAUUGUGUAGCAUGUUUCCUAACGCGUGGAGAUCUGUUUGUUCACUGGGAGAAAGGUCGUCAUGUUUUUGAAAGGCUUCUGAUUGAUUCAGAUUGGGCUAUCAAUAAUGGAAACUGGCUAUGGCUAUCAUGUUCGUCGUUUUUCUACCAGUACAAUCGCAUAUACUCCCCGAUCUCAUUUGGAAAGAAAUAUGAUCCAAAUGGCAACUAUAUCAGGCAUUUUCUUCCUGUAUUGAAAGACAUGCCAAAGGAGUACAUCUAUGAGCCCUGGACAGCUCCUCUAAGUGUUCAGACUAAAGCAAAGUGUAUCAUUGGAAAGGAUUAUCCAAGACCAGUGGUGUCCCAUGAUUCUGCUAGCAAAGAGUGCAAGAGGAGGAUGGGUGAAGCAUAUGCAUUGAACCAAAGAUUGAAUGGUAAGGUUAGUGACGACGAUUUGAAUAGCUUACGGAGAAGAUUGGAGGAAGAUCAGAACCAGGAAGUUAAAGCAAAACGCAAAAGAAAAUAACUGAUUUGGUGAAUGCAAAAUUGGUGCCCGGUUUGAUGAUUGUCUAACUCAAACUUGACAAGUUGCAUUCUAAACUCUGGCUUCUACGACUGACACCUAUGUUAACAUUUGCUUCACUUGUUCGUCGGUUAUUUGUGUAGUCAUUGCUUUCCUAUAUUACUCUAUCAUAUAUCCUACGCAUAACAUACUUUUGCUGUAGUUUUCAUUUUUUUUCCCCUUUGGAAAAAAAAAAAAGGAUUGUUGGAAGAAAGUUCCAACUUUUGAUUACUUUUAAUCAAGUAAAGAGCUCGUGGUUAGAGUAUGCCUUCAGCAGA